AAUGGUACACUGGAAAUACUUCGAUAUCGUGAGCAAUCAUUGCGCAAACGAUUAAAAUUGGCUGUCGAAGAGAAGGAGACAACAGUCAGCGAAGAGACUAGUCAACGUGGUAUUGCUGCAACUGUCGCACUUGUUGGAUAUACGAAUGCUGGGAAAAGUUCUUUGAUUAGGAGGUUAACCGGUAAUGAGUCAAUAUUUGUGGAAGAUCGCCUUUUCGCUACCUUGGAUGCAUCAAGUCAUUUUUGUCGAUUACCAUCCGGUAUACCGAUCCUGCUAACAGACACAAUCGGUUUCAUCUCGGACUUACCAGUGCAAUUGUUUGCCUCCUUCCGUGCCACGUUGAGUCAUGUGCUUAACGCUGAUUUGCUGUUGAUGGUCGAAGAUGUGUCACAUCCUGAUAGGAAAGCACAACGUGAAAUUGUUUUGGAAACACUGGAAGCGUUGGAUGUGAAACGUUCACUCAUAGAAUCGAUUAUUUUUAUCGGUAAUAAAUGUGAUAAAAUUGAUAUGAGCAAAGUGGAAGAACAGUGCGAUCUUCUCAAUGUGUCGUGUGUGAAUAGUUUUGGCAUUAAGCAAUUGAUCGCUGAGAUUGACAAGAAAGUGAUGGCGUUGCGAGGUAGUGUCGUCCGUCAUAUGAAGCUUCGAUCCGGCUCACCGGCUUUAGCGUACCUCUACAAAGAGUCGCUUUUGGUCAAGGAACCCAUUCCUAUAGAUGACGGCAACUUUCUGCUUUGUACAGUGAUUAUGGACGAUGCCCAAAUGGCCAUGUUUCGUGCUCGUUUCAACCUAGCGAAAGUUAAAUCACAACAGAAACUUUCAUCAUAA